CGGGGCUAAGCAAAUUGUAUCUGUACUUGUCAAGACACACUCCAUGUUUCUAGUUUAGUUUAUAGCCUAUAGUGUAGAGAAGCAUUCAUAUAUCAUAGUCUGCGUAGAGACAGAGCUUGUAGGGUAACGUAUUGGACACUAUUGCAAUCAAGAGAGAGUUCUGCACAGAGUACAUUACACAGUACAUGGCUGAAGCUAGCUGCUGAUAGUAGUAGCAAAUCCUAUCAAGCAAGAAGACUACAAGAAGACUAGUGAGGAUGUCGAGCCUUUCAGAGUCCAAGGAGAUGAUGGCUGUUAUCAAUAUGGGCCUCCCCAACAUCUCCAAGUUCCUCCGAGUCGUUCUCAAGAAAGAGAAGUUAUCGGAGGAGGCGGAGUCAAUGCGUGCUCAUUAUGACGGCCUCCUGUCUGCACUGGAGCAAGGUUCAGGGGUUAAUCACCUCCGACCUGUCAGUAUUAUCGGUGACGAUGACGGUGGUUAUUUCUCAGGGAACAGAACACGAGUUUCAGAGCUGUUGGAUCAAUCCAAGGGCCUGCCUGGGAUAUGCCACUCUGGUUAUCUUUUAAGGAGGGAUGACAAGUACCGCUGGCACCGAUCCUGGUGCAAGGCAGACAGCAAAGAAAUGAAACUAUUCAUAUACGAAGAUCUCAAUGAAGAGAUACUCAUUCGAUCCUUCUCUCUCGACGGUGUGACCACACGCUUCGGUCCCCAUCCCGUACCAGACUCGGACAAGGAGAACAGUUUUGCUAUCUGUGGAAUUGGAAUAGCCAUUGAGCCGUUGAAUGUACCAACUACUGAAUUGAAUGAUUCCAAUGGCCUUGUGUCUCCUGCCCCUCCCACCUCCAAUGGGAGUAGCUCCAUUGAUGAAGCAUACUUUGCUGCUUACUCCGACAGUGACUAUCGACAGUGGAAGGAUGUACUGCACAUGCUCACUGGCUCUAGAGAGUCAUCACGCAUCUCUCUGUCAUAUCUGGACAAUCCCCAAUGGCUGGGAACACACGACUCCACCUCAACCAGCUCUUCCAGUUUUGGCUCUAACAGAGAAUCUAUGAUUUCCACGACAUCGUCUGUGAACCGUAACUCUGGCAAGAUCGAGAUAUCAGAGCUUGCUAGGAUGGAUGGUGGUGUUGGGGAGGACUCUGUGAAGGACUCUAUGAAGAGACUGUCAGCUGCCAAGCAACAGCAACCACUCCCAUCACCACCGCACGUACCUCAUGUCCUGCCGGAGAACGUGCCACUACCUGACGACGAUGACGACAACGGGAGUGUAGGGACCAUCUACGAGAGCAUUGACAACCUAGUCUCACAGUUUGAUGAUGCCAUGAGAGCUACGGCCGCAGCUAUGGGUCAGAUCGGACAAAAUAUGAAGUCUGGGGGAAAGAAACGCAAGAAGAAGCACAACGUGUUGUCUCGUCAGACAUCGUUCCUUACCCGGGGUAAGACAGGAAGUAAAUCCAACUUCCUGUCUGAUAAGAAGUCCGAGUUAGAGAGAGGGGACAAGUACACUGGCUACUUGUUCAAGAAGACCUCCAGUGGCUCGUGGAAGAAGAGGUGGUGCACUCUCAAGGGUUGCGUGUUUGGAUAUUACAAGGGACCAGAGGAGGGUCAUGGACGUGAGUACGUGGUGCUGGACGCAGAGGUCAGCAGGGUCAACGACACCAAACGCUCGUUUGCCUUCUCCCUGAUGUGUAAGGGAGUGGAUGAGAUGUUCCUAGCUGCAGAGGAUGAUCAUCUGUACGAGGCUUGGAUGGCAAGACUUAACACAGCAUCAAGAAAUCAUGGAGAAUACUCAAAUGCCUGGACUAACUGGCAGAGUGAGGAGAACCUAGCCGGCGGCCCCAAGGUUGAGGAGGGUAUCUACAGUGUCCCCAGCUCUCUGCCAAUGGACACCUUGCUCAUACCUCGAGCUGCCACCACCAUGACACCAGAGAGAGCCAUCGAGACUGGCAUCUACAGUGUGCCCAAGUUCCUACUAGAGCCAAUGACCACACCCACAACCACACCCAUCGACGGAGUACAACGCAAUGUGUCUGACAUCUAUGACGUGCCUCGUGCCUCCAUUUCACCGGAUGAAGAGGGCAUCUAUGAUGACCCGUACGACAUACUGGACAUGGAGAUCUACGACUACCCUCCGGAUGUGACCGACUUGUACCGCUUCCUCGAGGAGUCCAGCCUGGACACACCCGAACACAGCACACGUACGAGCACCAUCACCGUGACGACUGAUAGGACCAGCUCCACCAUCUCUGAGGACAGCUGGAGGACCAUGUCCCUGCCUCCACUACCACCGGGGGCAAGACCUUUCUCUGUCAUAUCAUCAGAUGAGUACCAGAGCAACCGCAACUCCACCGUGAGUGUUGACAGUAGCUACACGUUCCCUCGGAACCAACCACCUCUUGACCUCCACUCGAUAGUUGAGCGACCUCUUGCUAGCCCCACUGCCCCCGAGUAUCCUGAUACCAGCUCUCUUGAGUUCGGCCAGUGUAUUAUGCGCGGACAUCUUCACAAGAGGGAGAGACUCACUUGGACAAAACUGUACUGUAUAAUACGCAACAAUUUCCUCGAGUGUCACAAGAGCCAAGGUGGCGGGUACGUCCCGGCACUCAAGCUAUUCCUUCCCGGGAGUGAUAUUAAACCCGGAGGCGGGGACAGCAAGCGCAGACACGCCCUCCAAGUGAAACACCCACGCAGAGACGGGGUGUUGGUGUUUGCCACAGAGACGCCAGAGGAGUACCCUCAAUGGGUGAAGGCGUUUCAAUCCGGAGCCUCCAUUCAAGUCCAGGCUGUGAAUAACGUUGAGGAGAUGAGGAUCAGUGACCUAGAGAUGAAGAGACGAUGGACUACUGACUCCAGGGAACCACCCUCCAAUGACACUGAGGGCUGGAAUGGUACCCUCCCUCGUCGCAAGACUUACUCCAACGACAACAAACCCGGUAGCAACGCUACAGAGGAGUACUCCACUGAUACUCUCAAGAGACGCAGACGCUUCACACUGGGUAAACUCACCAAGAAGAAGGACAAGAAAGUCGCAAGUACUCCCGAGCUAAAGCGGCCUCCCAUCGCCAUUCCCCCAGUCAACUUCAUUCAAGACAGCAGGCGCAGUGUGUCUUGUGAAGAGCUGCCAGGAGCUGUUGAAAUAGCUGCAGCUAUAGAGUCCCAUCAAACCAUAGGCCCGGAUGGACUGCUCAGGUUCCAGGGCUACCUCAGUGUCCAUAGAUAUGGUGCCAACACAAACUUUAUCCGCUACUGGUGCGUAUUUGAUGGCACAUUGAUCAGUUGUUUCAUCAACCAACUGGACCUCACCCUCACAAUGUCGGUCACUCUACCUGGAUCACAGAUAUCAGAGGCCUUCACUGAAGCUGGCAGACCACAUGCCUUCAAAGUAUGGCACAUGGAGACUGGGCAGUGCAUCUUCUUUGCGGCUGAUAAUGAACGGGAAUUUAAUCAGUGGUUUACAGUUGUUACACAGAAUGCUGAUCAGAUACCCACCCCUCAGCAAGGCGGUGGAAAAGUGGUGUUUUUCGUUGUUCCUGGCUCUGAUUUGAGAGUGAAAUCGUUCCACGUUCGUCAGCGAAGCAAUUCCCUCCCGACGUCCCCAGUAGAGGAGGUUACAGCGGGGGACACUGGGUCCACGGCUAGCGGGAACACUGGACACGGGUCCAACGACACUCCCGUCAAUACCUUCUAUCGUGGACACCUCAAGAAAGCCUCCAACUCACAUUCUGGCAAGUGGAAGGAACGUUACUGCGUGGUGAAGGAUGGACAGUUGUCUCUGUUUCACAAUCAAGGGGACAAAUCAGCCAUCACGUCCAUCGACCUCCUAGGCUGCUCUAUUGAGCUGGUCAGUGUACCUCGCUCGAGCGCCUACAAGUUGGUGUUUAAAGUGAACCUCAGCUCUGGAGAUAAGACCCACACCUUUGCUGCCCCCUCUGAGACUGAGAUGUAUGCCUGGGUGAGUGCCUUGAGGGACAGCUCCUGUGAGACACAAUCUCAGAAUGAACUGUCCACUGGAGGAUCCAACAACAGCUCUCCUGCUCUAUCCGGCAAAGCUUCUCUCCGGAAGAAGCUCAGUAAAGCGAAGCUCUCUGAAGUGGACCUCAUCAGCUAUGUAGCAGCCUCUACUCUCAUCAACCCUGCCAUCAGUGGGUUUGCUGAUGUUCAAGUCAGUCCUGAAUCUUGGUCCCGCUUCUGGUGUGUCCUGCACAGCGAUUGCCUCUACAUCUACCAAACACAACAGUCGACGGCUACAAUCAAGACUGUUGUAUUGCCUGGAUAUGACAUCCACGUAGCUGAUCCCCUCACCUAUAAGAGGCAAUAUGCUAUUCUCCUGAACCACAGCGGAGUGGCUCCUGUGUGUAUAGCCGUUAACGAUGAGCUGGAGCUCAACCAAUGGCUGUCAGCAUUGGACAGGGGUGCCCGAGGCGAGGGUCUCAACAGCAAGUUAGAGAAGAGGACCAGUAAGCCACUGCUGGACGAGAAGGCACUGGGUAGUGGGAAGAUGACCUCUCGUGGUAGUGGUGGCAGCAACAAGAAGGGACCAGUGAGGGCAGACCACACCAUCAGCACUCUCAAGGACGGAGGUUCUGUUGACUCUAUCCCCUCGUCCAUCAAUAAGAGCCCUGAAGUUCAUCAAGACUCUGUUAUUCGUCGCUUUGAAAAGAGGAUCCGUAAAACCCACCGAGUUGCCAACCAAACAGAGCAGAAACUAAAGGAGCAUCAAACAGCUUUACUGCACUUUAAGAAAGAGCUAUCUCGCCACCUGAUAAAGUUGAAAGAACUCUCAGAAUCGGGUGAAGCUAGUGCCAAACGAAGACUCGAUGACGUCCGUAAGAAACUAGCACAAGUUGAUAAGAUUGUUCCGUACCUUGGCAAGUAUGUGGCUGUGAAUAGACAAGCUGAGGGGCAGACUGUGGCCGUACUCAAGGAGUGCUGUACUAUGGAGAUACAGAAAAUGGCGAGAGCUUCUAUCUAUCCUGAAACUAGCACACCCAAGGAGAACAGGAGCAAGAGUGCUAGGAGCAGUAAAGAUCACACGGACACCAUCGAGGAACUGGUGAAAGAGGAGAGUCCAUACGCAUCGCUCACUGAGAUAAUGCCAGAGGUACAAAAGAUCAAAGCCAAGAGUAACUAUGCCCAGCUGGACUUUAGUCGAGUGCCCUCUCCUGAGGGUACAAUAAGACCCCCCUCUGUGAACUAUGCUGAGGUACAGAUCGGCUCCGGAGGGAAGGGAGUGAUAUUGAAUGGGACUGUGCCAGCUCCGAGUAUUGCCACUCACUCAACUAUCGCUGUUGCCCUUGGAGACGAGAGUAGUGUACCUACCGAGGGUGCUAGUGAGGGUGAUGUAUCACAUGACAUCACUCUGACACCAGAGAAUGCCGCUACCCUCACACCCCCGACACCACGACAUCUAGAGACAGUACAAGAGGUUGCCAGCACACCUCCCAGUCCAAGUCAUCCACCCCCCACAGUGCCGCCUCCUCCACCCCCUGCAGAGCCGAUUAUUGUAUCAAUACCCCCCACAGUGCCACCCCCUACAAAAACAAUUAUUGCACCGACACCCCCCACAGAGCUACCGGAAGUCGUUCCACCACCACCAAAAACAUUUGAAUUACCCCCCACAGAUAUUCCCAUUGUACCCCCACCCCCCACAGAGCUGAUCACAGAUGAUGUUGCUAGACCCCCCACAGUGCCUCAACGAUCAUCUUCGCUGGAGCCUCCCACAAGCACAGAUUCAUCGCCCACACACAAGGCCCCCCCUAGAGUGGCGAGGAAACCCUCUAAGAGUAUGAACGGUCGCAUUGAGGGGGCGGAUAGGGAGACGACGUCACCGGCCCGACAAGAUGUCACCUCCGUACUCUCCUCAGUACCCAGCGUCAUGGACAGAAUCAAGGCUCUUCACGGGAAACCCUGAACAUUUGUAUAGCUACUGUUUGUACUAAAACUUUCUCUCUCAACUUUCCUACAUGUAUUAUAUAUUGCUCUGUUUGUAUGCUAGCUGCACAUCACAUGCACUGUGUUAUACCCACUGUUUAUCCAAUUAAUUGUUCUCAAAUUAAA